AUGGAGGUUUGCCAUGGCAGCGUGCAGAGGGCCGUAGACUCACAUGAAAUCCAACCCGGCAAGGUGCGCUAUCAGGACUUCUUGGACUGGGUUAUGCAUCCCACCUGCCCACCAGCGGAGGGGCGCAAAGUUAUCCUCCUGCUGGGGCCAUCAGCAAGUGGAAAGAGCACGGUGUCUCCAAAACUGGCAGAACAGCUUGGCAUCCCCAAGAUCACCACACAUGAUCUGCUGCGAGCAGCUGUUGCUUUGGGAUCGGCUGUGGGGAGACAAGUGGAAGGCAUCAUGAAGAGAGGCGGAACGGUGCCAGAUCCAUUGCUAAUGCAAUUGAUUCAUGCACGUGUCCGUCUUCGAGACUGCAGCUCGGGUUUUGUUCUCGAUGGCUUCCCCGAGACUCUCAAUCAGGCAAAGUUGUUGGAUGCUUUGUUGGCGGAGUCCGGAGAUGCAGUGACGGCUGCACUAUUCUUGGACGUAUCCGAGGAGAAGCUGCACGCCCGAAAAAUGGGGCGCUGGACUCACAAGCCUUCUGGACGUUCCUACCACAUCACCUGGGCGCCACCCCAAAGUUUGGGGCCAGGACAAGUUCCGUGUGAAGCCAAUAUGCGGGACGACGUCACAGGAGAGGUCCUGAUGGCCGCCGAAGGAUGCCAUCCUGACGAGCACAAGCAGGAGCUUGCGCAUUAUUGCCAGGAGGCUUCAAGCAUUUCGACACACUACGGCAGCCGCGGAAGGCGGGUGCUCGCCAACGGAUCGCCGAAUGACGUGUGGCAGGCUUUUCAGGGUGUGUUGAGUCACUUCAAGACGAGGCAGUGCUGA